AUGGCGACGCCUGCCAAGCUCUUGCGCAUGACCGCGAUCGCGGCUGCGGCCAAGGCGGCAGCCGCGGCGAGCCCCACCCCUGCAGAGGACGCUGGCGUGGUCGGCCAGUUCGAGGAGUACACGAGGGCCCACGGCAAGCAGUACCGCGGGGACGAAUGGGUCGAGCGCCUUGCGAACUUCCGCGAGAGCCUGCGGGCGAUCGAGCUCCACGCCACCAGGAGCCGCUCCCACACGCUCCACCUCAAUGAGCUCGCCGACUUGAGCGGUGCCGACUUCGCGCGGCUCCACCUCGGCCUGCGAGCUGGCCCCAGUGGGGGCCCCGCGCUGCGCGAGGCGGACAGCCUGGGGGUCCACCGGGCGGGUGCGGCGGCGGGCCUGCUGGGCACCUACGUGCUGCCGCCCUCGAUGGACUGGCGGGAGCGCGGCGUGGUCAACCCUCCCAGGCAGCAGAGCGGCUGUGGAGCGUGCUGGACGUUCGCCUCCUCCAGCGCGCUCGCGAGCGCGUGGGGGAUCGCCUCGGAGCAGAUGGUCAACCUCAGCCAGCAGCAGCUGCUGGACUGCGCCGGGGCGGAGUACGGCAACGAUGGCUGCCUCGGUGGCGCGUUCGACGGCACCUACACGUACGCCCAGGCUGCGCCGCUCUGCACGUCCGAGAGCUAUCCGUACGUCGCCGUCGAGCGCACUUGCCGCCAGGACUGCGUGGUUGGCGUCCCCCGUGGAGCUGUGCUUGGGUACAGGCACGUCGAGAUCGGCUCUGAGGCUGCGCUGAUGGAUGCAGUGACCAGGCAGCCCGUGACGGUCGGGAUCAUGGUCGCGGAGCAGGGCCCGGGGCUCAAGCUGUACCAGGGUGGCAUCUUCUCAGGGGACUGCACGUCGCAGCCCAACCACGCGGUCGUGGUGGUGGGCUACGGCACGGACAACCAGCAGGGCUAUUGGCUUAUUCAGAACUCUUGGGGCCCCAGCUGGGGCGAGGGCGGCUACUUCCGCCUCGCGCGCGGCAGCGGACCGGACGGCAUGGGCGAGUGCGGUAUCUUGAGCAUGCCCACCUACCCCGUCGUUGAUUUGGUGGCGGAGGCGUCGACGGUCGCGACCACCACGCUCGGCGAGGGGCCCCACUCCACGGAGGAGCCGGAGGCGUCGACGGUCGCGACCACCACGCUCGGCGAGGGGCCCCACUCCACGGAGGAGCCGGAGGCGUCGACGGUCGCGACCACUGCGGUCGGUGAGGGGUCCCACUCCACGGAGGAGCCCGAGUCUGCUGCAGGUCCCGCCGACUUCCUGGUCUGA